CAAGAGAAGAAGAUGAAGAUGAACUGUAGCGAACUCUAGCAAACCAAACCGGUCGUAGUGUCAGAAACAUGGCGGCGUUCAGUAAAUAUGUGACAGGGAAAAACUCCUCCAUAGCGGGCGGUAUCCUGCUAGUUUUAUACCUGCUGAAGCGCAGAAGAGGGACGCAGAAACGGAACGGUAAAAAAGGAGGCUCAGAAGUAGUACAGAACGAGAAAGAUGGCAAAAAAGACCGAGCCGCUGUGGACAAAGUUUUCUUCGGCAGAAUUUUCCAGAUUCUGCGUAUCAUGGUACCCCAAUUCUUCAGCAUGGAGACUGGCUACCUCGCCUUAAUCGCCGCCAUGUUGGUGGCCAGGACCUACUGUGACGUGUGGAUGAUCCAGAACGGCACCAUGAUCGAAAGUGCCAUUAUCGGCCGCUCGCCAAAAGAGUUCAAGACCUACUUGUUCAACUUUAUCAAAUUCAUGCCAGCUAUAGCCUUGGUGAACAACUUCCUGAAGUUGGGUCUAUUCGAGCUGAAGCUGAGGUUCCGCGAAAGGCUCACCAAGAACUUAUACGACCAGUACCUGCAGGGCUUCACCUACUACAAAAUGGGAAACCUGGACAACCGGAUAGCCAAUCCAGACCAGCUGCUGACACAGGACGUGGAGAAGUUCUGCAACAGUGUGGUGGACCUUUACUCAAACCUCAGCAAGCCUCUGUUGGAUAUCUGUCUGUACAUCUACAAGCUGACAACUGCCAUCGGGGCUCAGGGCCCAACAGUGAUGAUGACCUACCUGCUGGUCUCAGGCAUGUUCCUGACCCGAAUGAGGCGGCCGAUGGGAAAGAUGACGGUCACGGAGCAGCGGUACGAAGGAGAGUACCGCUUCGUCAACUCUCGCCUCAUCACUAACAGUGAGGAGAUCGCCUUCUACAACGGGAACGAGAGGGAGAAGCAGACCAUUCACAGCACUUUCAAGAAACUGGUGGACCACUUGCAUAACUUUAUCUUCUUCCGCUUCUCCAUGGGAUUUGUGGACAGCAUGAUUGCCAAGUAUCUGGCCACUGUUGUGGGCUACCUGGUGGUGAGCCGUCCAUUCCUCACCCCGGGACACUCCCGACAUCUGACCAGCACACACUCUGAGCUGCUGGAGGAUUACUACCAGAGCGGCAGGAUGCUCCUCAGACUGUCCCAGGCUCUGGGCAGGAUCGUACUGGCCGGCCGAGAGAUGACCCGCCUCUCAGGGGAGCCCCCCCCCCCAUCCUCCUCCCCUCUCUUCCCCACCAGCCGGGCCAACUGUUGCUCCAUCUCCGGGGCAGAUUAG